UUGCAUUGCAUAGAGAUGCAUUCGACAUUUCCAAAGUCUUCAGCUACUCUAACCUACUUCACAUAAAACCAUAACAACAUUGUUUCCAUCGACCCAGUUCCUAGGCUUCCACUGCCCUAUUAUCUAGCCACAAUCUAACACUUACCAACAAGUUUGGCCUUUAGCAUUUCCUCUUCCAACCCUCUCUCGUUUCUCUCUCCAGAUCUGGGUGCUCUUUCAUCAUUUUACAUUUGUACAAGAUGGCAACAACAACAAUUUCCAACUUGCCAACUGCAAUGUCAAGACCCAAGAUUCCUUCAUCACAACGGAUUGCAAAUGUAGGUCCUGCAAUUCUUGGAGGCAGGUUUAAGGUUGGCUCAUGUUAUAAACUGUCAAGUGUUUGUCAUGUUGCAUCUGCACAACCUUUCCAGCAGGGCUUGACAAUGACAUCAGGUGCUAUAAAACAUGACAAAAUCAUAACAAAGGCGAUCAUCAGGUCUAGUCCAAACCAGGAAAUUCCAGGAUUGCCAAUUGAUUUGAAAGGUAAAAGGGCUUUCAUUGCUGGUGUGGCUGAUGAUAACGGAUAUGGUUGGGCAAUAGCAAAAUCUCUUGCAGCAGCAGGAGCUGAAAUUCUUGUUGGCACAUGGGUACCUGCUUUAAAUAUAUUUGAGUCUAGCUUACGACGUGGAAAAUUUGACGAGUCACGCAAAUUAAAAGAUGGUUCAUUGAUGGAGAUUGCUAAAGUGUAUCCUUUGGAUGCAGUAUAUGACAAUCCUGAAGAUGUCCCGGAAGAUGUGAAAGCUAACAAGCGCUAUGCUGGAGCCUCAAAUUGGACUGUACAGGAAGUUGCUGAAUCUGUCAAGAAAGACUUUGGCAAUAUCGACAUACUUGUGCACUCUCUUGCCAAUGGACCAGAGGUCAGUAAACCAUUGUCGGAGACAUCUCGGAAAGGAUAUCUUGCUGCCUUGUCUGCAUCAAGUUACUCUUAUAUUUCUUUACUCAAACACUUUCUUCCAAUCAUGAACCAAGAUGGAUCUGCAAUCUCUCUUACAUACAUUGCUUCGGAGAGGAUCAUUCCUGGAUAUGGUGGUGGCAUGAGUUCUGCAAAAGCUGCUUUAGAAAGUGAUACAAGAGUGCUUGCUUUUGAAGCUGGUAGAAAGAAAAGAGUCAGAGUCAAUACUAUAUCCGCAGGUCCACUGGGAAGCCGGGCAGCGAAAGCAAUCGGCUUCAUUGACAUGAUGAUUGAUUAUUCAUUUAACAAUGCACCACUGCAGAAAGAACUACAUGCUGAGGAGGUAGGCAACACUGCAGCUUUCUUGGCAUCACCCUUGUCAUCAGCUAUUACAGGUUCUGUUAUAUAUGUUGACAAUGGUCUAAAUGCUAUGGGUGUUGGAGUUGACAGUCCAAUAUUUAAAAACCUUGACAUUCCAAGGGAGCAUCAAUGAAAUUGUCCACUCAAGUGCUUAGUUUUUUCUCUUCUUCCCCAAGUAAGGUCACACGGCUUAAGAUGAUGAAAAGAAACUAUGACAAGUUAGUUUUUACAAUUUCAUAAAUCGGUGAGCGGUUGUUUGAACUUUGUAACAGUUGUUUUUUCAUCAAUUAUGAUCCACUUUUCACUAUCUUCCCCCAAAAUGUAUCUUACCAUUUGAAGAGUUGUACCUUGAGGUUAAAUUAUUUUAGUUCUUAAAUAAAAAAAUUGUCAGGUUUGUUGAAUU